AUGUUCGGAAUAAAGCGCGGGGUUUGGUUGAGCCAAAAUGAUCCUGAAAAGUCAGACGAUUCUGAAGACUCUGACUUUGAACCGACAACAAAGGAGCUUGACGAAGUCAAUCUUCGAAAAGAAUGUUCAAAAUCAAAAACACCGAAACGACCUCGAAAAAGAGCGCGACAGGAAGACACUUCGAACUCGAAUUCAGCUCCUGGGGAGGCAAAAGAUUGGGGAGCAUUACCGAUUACGGUGUUGGAUAAGAUCUUUGAGCAUUUGGUCCAAAAAGAAGAGGAUUACAGAGUCGUGGUAAAAAAUGCUACAGUUAAUUAUCACUGGUGGAGUGCAGCGAGCAGGCCCAGCUUACGCAAGAAAUUGAAGCUUUUUAUGUACACCAAGGGGAAAACACGAAACCAUUUUCAAAAUUUCCGCGAGCGCAUCAUCAAACUUCCCGAGGACGAAUUUCAGCACUUGGAACAGCUUCAAUUCGCGAAUUUUCAAAAUCAUUUGACGAAAACUCUCGCCCUCUUGAACGAAUAUGAGUUUGAGAAGAUUGAGACUCUGGUGCUGUUAACUUCGCAGUUGGGAAACAUGCAGACUUGGGGAGAGUUUAUCGAGAAGCACUGUCGAAAUCUUGUUGAACUCAGGACGAAUGCGUUGGUGACUUCUUAUAAAGCUCUUGUCCCUGUUUUAAAGCUGCAGUCUAUUCGAAAAAUCGUCAUUCACGAUUCUGGCCCAAUCAAGCACGGCCUUGACUGGGGAUCAAUGUGUCCGCAACUCGAGCAUCUAGAUAUUUACUACUCGGCGAUGCAAUCGACGAUGGCCGGAGCAGAAGUGCUAGUUACUUCCCUAAAACUUCAAAAACUACGCUUUCUCCAGCUGGCGAACGUGCUCUUGAGCGAACGCGAUCUUUUCAACUUUCUACAAAACUCGAAGUCUUUCGACGGUUUUCCGGAACUAGAAUUCUUCAGUCUUCGACGGAGCUUUGUUCCUCAAAGAACAAGUGCUGAUGUGCUUUGUUUCUUCUUGAAAAAUGCGGCGAAGAUUCAAACUAUCGAUCUUCAAGGCUGUUCUUGUUUUACAUUCGGGGGUUUGUCCGCUGGAAUCGGCUCAUUUGCCAAUCGCCCGAUGCUGAAAACACUCGAUCUUUCUGGAGCGGAUGCAAGAAACGAGGAUGAUUUCUACAGCUUUUUCGUGGCUCAGCUUGGCGGCGCCAUCGAGGAUUUGAAUCUUUCGGGGUUGAAGACAAGAGCGAAUGCGGAAGAGUUCUUCUUGAAUUUCAUUCAGAAUUAUGCACUCCAUGCUCGAAAUUUAAAAAACCUGGACGUUAGUCGAACGAAUAUCGAAAAAGAAGAAGCUCGCCUGCUGCUUGAGAGAAAGCCUCUUCUGAAUUCGCUGACAUUAUCUGGCUGCUACGGAAUUCCGCGAUCCUGGAGAAAAACAAUCAAAACUGAUGAAUUCUCGACUGCCAUUCGAGCAUUUUACGAAUAA